AUGAGCGCCAAACCUCUCAGCCUCCUGGAGGUCCCAGAGACCGUUGCCGUCUUCCACAGGACGCUACAAGAUGGUAGUAGAUUGGAGUAUCGCAUGCAGGUGCUCCAACAGCCCGAGAGAGCAAGGGCUUGUGGAAUGGGAGCAAAGUCUCAUGCGGAUCGUCGACCAGUCGAUCCACCACCAGUUGUUGAGCUUAGAUUAUUCCAGGGCGCAGAGAAGACUGAUGUGACGUUUUCGCAUAACUCCAACUUCUUCCUUUUCGCAACUCUUGAACAGGCCAGACCGAUUGCCCAAGGAAGAGGGAUGCCGGCACCGGCACCUGCUCCGGUUCUCACUGGUGUCCCAGUUUCUGGAAUGGCCUAUCUGGAUCGUCCCAACCCAGCGGGGUAUUUCAUCUUCCCAGAUUUGUCUGUUCGCCAUGAAGGAAAGUACAGGCUUAGAUUUGCUCUUUACGAAGAAACUAAAGACGAAAUUUUCCCAAUCCCAUCAGAUUCAUUGGAGCCAAGGGAAUGGGCCACACACAGACUGGAUGUUAAAUCUAAGGCCUUCACUGUUUUCUCUGCCAAAAAGUUCCCUGGUUUGGCGGAAAGUACUGCUUUGUCCAGGAUUGUAGCCGAACAGGGUUGCCGUGUUCGCAUUCGCCGUGAUGUGAGGAUGAGACGGAGAAGUGAUAGACAGGGCAGAGAUAGUGAGGACCGCAUGGAUGAGACUGCAAUGAUAAGGGCUGCUAGAAGAGGAGCGACACCUGAGCAGUACAAUAUGAAUGAAUCAAUCAGGCCUCAACAUGAUCCACAGUACCACCAGCCAACGCCACACCCAAUGCAAAGGACAAACUCCAUUGGAGGAAGGGGAAGAAGUGGCUCUGACGCCUCGGUCUCUUCAGUGGUGUCAGAACAGAUUGCUCAGCCACAGAGAUACGAUAACGGAUAUGUGGCUCCCAGCCAGAACCGUUCACAAUUUGGACCUCCUUCUGGACCUCCACAACAGAGUGCCAACCACCACUUGUCGUUCGGCGCCCAUUCUCAUCCACCGCCUGCACCGCCACAGCAUCCUUCACAAGAGAUCUAUGGGCAAAUUGGACGUCCGUACUCGCAGCCUCAUGCGCCUGUUGCCCAGCAUCACCCAUCUCCUCACUUGGCGCCAUCUCCUCGCCCGCAACAGAGUGCAUAUGGUCCACCACCUUCUGCAUACCAAUCUAGGGAGAACUCUAUUUCCAUGCAAGGUCAGCAGAUGCAGCAGCCCAACGGUCACAAUGUAAGACGCGAAUCUGUAGAUUACCGCAACAGCAGAAGAGAUUCAGACCCCGUCUACCACCAACAACAGUACAGGCCCAACACACCUUCCGUUGGACCUUCAUACAUGGAGAAUGGAUACGGCCACCACCAGCAACAACAGCAACAACAACAACCGUACCAAGCACCACCUCCUCAGCACUACCAGCCUCAAUCACAGGCCCCACCAUCUUCAGUAUCAAACAACCUACCACCUCUCCGUCUUCCUGCUUUGGAACCCAAGUGGAGGAGCAACCAACCCACAACACCAAACUCGUCAGCUCCAUCUGCUUUGCAAUCUCCGGGCAUUUACCCAUCCCAAAACGGAGCAAUACAGCAACAGAGGGCACCACCACCACCACACAUGGCUCAGCCCCCAGCACCGCCCAAUCCGAACCAGUUCCCAACAUACUACCCAGAACAGAAGUAUCCUUCUCCACCCACACCUUCAAGCGAUUCAUGGCAAAACUCGUCCAGCACCAAGCCGGACGACAGGGGUACCAAGAGACCAUGGGGACGGGUCUUCAACAACCAACACGUCGAAGGAUCCAUGCAGAAUCAUGCACGGCCUUCCACCAACUCUGCGGUGUAUGGAAGCGAGCCAUCUUACGCUCAAAUUCCUACCGAAGCUGAUGACGAUGCUUAUGACCUUGGUAAGCUGAAGAUGAGCUACCGUCGUGCGGAUGGUGUUGAGAUUGUGCGAAGACUCCCUGGCGAAGAUUAA